GUCGGGUCUUUAAUUUAUUGCCACAUACUUGAUACUUCUGCAAUCAUCGGCGAAAAGCUUUUUAUCCAGACGACUUCAUUCAUCCUUACAUAGUCUGUUUAGUGUCACAAAUAGGAAGAAAAUUUCUGGAAAAAUGGAUAUAACUGCACAGUCUCUUUCCCAUGCUAAGCUUCCCGCAGGCUGCUCCACCUCUGCAUCACCACCCAUCUGCCAUUCUAAACCCUCUAUUCUUGCUCAUAAUUCAAUCGCUUUUCAGUCCCCAAAGAACCCUUUCGUACAGCUACAAGGUUUCAGAAUUAAAGCCAGGAAGUACAGGAUUCUUGGACCUGUACAUGCUUCUGAGGCUGAAAUUUCUUCCACUGAUGCUCAGGAAAGAUGGCUUCUCCAACCUGUUGGCGAUGGAGAUUCAAGACACAUAGGAUAUAAGGUGAAAAUGCCAGAUGCUUUUGAAAUUGCUUCUAAUGAGGUGACCGUUGGCCGUCUUCCUGACAAGGCAAAUGUGGUGAUUCCAGUUGCAACAGUAUCUGGAAUCCAUGCCCGGAUUCAGAAGAAGGAAGGAAAUCUCUUGGUUAUAGAUUUGGAUAGUACUAAUGGGACAUUCAUUGAUGACAAGCGUCUGAGACCUGGAGUUGUAGCCAAGGCACCUCCUGGAAGCAUUCUCACAUUUGGUGAUAUUCACCUUGCAAAGUUUCGUGUCUCAAAGCUUGAGAAUGUGGAAAGUGCAAGCAAACCUGAAGAAUCUGAAGAUAAGGCAGAGACAAGUCCCCCAGUUGACAGCGGUGGAACGAGUUAAAAGCAUCUUAUUACAUUUGUGAAACGAGUUAAACCAGCACAAAAUAGUGAGCUUAAUUAUUUCUUCCCCCUCUUUUUUUCUCCAAUUAAUUUCUGUUUGAGAAAUAAAGUAUAAUUUGCCCUUUUCUAGUUCAA